UAGCAUUCCUGAGACCAAUGGGCGAGGCACUCACCGUGCUGCUACCCAGCCGGUCCAGAUAUACAUCUAGUCCACCCCUGAGACAAGUAAACUGGGUGCCUCCAAGACAGAAGGAAACACUGCUGGAGGUUGCAAAAGGACCAGCUGAAGAUGGGAGGCCGGUUCUGUGUCAUGCUGCUGCUGCUGGCGGUUGGGGCUCAAGGGCUGAUGAGGAUCCCAUUGCAGAAGUUCCCUUCAGUCCGAAGCCGGUUUGGCCGCUCAGGCCUCCCCAUCGCUGACUUGUUAAGACGAGGAAGAGUCAGGUCUGGGUCACCCUCGGAAGAAGGUUCUGUCGCCCGCCAACGCCUGCACAACUACAUGGAUGCACAAUACUAUGGACAGGUCUGCAUUGGAACCCCAGAACAGUGCUUCAAUGUUGUCUUCGAUACUGGUUCGUCCAAUUUGUGGGUGCCCUCCUCCAAAUGUUGCCUAUUUCACCUGGCAUGCUGGGUACACAGUCACUACCGGGGCUUUUUCUCCUUGACUCACAAGGCCAACAAAGCCAAAUUUGCCAUUCACUAUGGAAGCGGGAGUCUCAAAGGAUUCUUGAGCGAGGAUGUUCUGAGGAUUGGCAACUUGAGCAUUCAGAACCAGACAUUUGCCGAGGCUACAGAUCUGCCAGGUUUGGUUUUUGUAGCUGCAAAGUUUGAUGGCAUCAUGGGGCUGGGGUAUCCCAGCAUCUCAGUCAACAAUAUCACCCCACCCUUUGAUAACAUGAUGAAGAAUAAGCUGCUUAAGAAGAACGUAUUCUCCUUCCACCUCUGCAACACUGACAGCGGCUAUGAAAACAACGGUGGUGAAGUGGUUUUCGGAGAUAUCAACCACGAUGCCUAUGAAGGGAAGCUCCACUACAUCCCAGUGUCACGCAAGGCUUACUGGCAGAUCAAGAUAGACAAGAUAACUGUGGAGAAGCAAUCCAAGAGUGAAAAAUGUUGGCCGUGGAGGCUGUUUGACAAGGACAAUUCAACGAAGUUGUGCAAGGACAGUUGCCAAGGCAUUGUGGACACUGGCACUUCUCUUAUCACAGGGUCUAGUGAUGAAAUCAAAGAGUUGCAGAAGGCCAUUGGGGCUGAACAUAUCAUGGGAGGACAGUAUGCAAUAGAUUGCAGUAAACUUCCUGAGCUACCAAACGUGACUUUUCAUCUUGGUGGAAAGCCCUUCGCUCUGACACCAAAGGACUACGUUCUCCAGAUAACCCAAGGAGGAGUGACUGUCUGCCUCAGCGGCUUCAUGAGCCUUGACAUUCCUAAGCCCACCGGACCACUCUGGAUCCUGGGUGACGUUUUCCUCCGGCGCUUUUACUCAGUCUUUGACCGAGAUAAUGACCAAGUUGGCUUAGCUGUCUCCAAACAAACCAUAUGCGGUGCAACUACAGCUGCAGUAGCAGCUACACCGGCUCCAAAGGCCACAACUCCAGCUGCAGCCACCACGACCUCCGGAUGUUAGCUGUCCAGUGUUCCAAGUGCUGAACUCAGGAACGCAGCAGGGUUGAGAAGUGGGGGGGUGGGGUGUAUUUGCAUAGCAGCAGGGAUGGGGUUCCACAGCAUGGGAUUUGCAGUCACCCUAUUUCUCAGAACAGCUCCUUUAAAAAAUAAUAAUUACAAGUUUCUAAUCCUCACGGUGGCAGAGGAAAAGAUGAUGCACCUUGGAAAGUCCCCUUGGAACUUCAAAUACAUUGCUGUGUAUAUCAAGUGUGCAGGGCUUCUCCCACCGAGUUCUCCUCUUCCAUCCUCCUCCCCAGCUUGCUGAUCCUAUGCAUGUCUACUCAGAAGUAAUUCCGGUGAGGUCAGAAGGACUUUCUUCCAAGGAAGUAUGGCUGGGAUUGCAGCUUUUAGAGUCCUGUUUGCUACAGCAAAUGCAGGACAGCCAGAGACAAUGGGAUCAACAAGCUGGUGGGGGAUAAUGCUUUCUUCAUGUGACUUGAUAGCUCACGGCUUGAUGAGUCACCCUUGGAUAUUUAAGGUGAUGUAACAUUCUGAGCCCAUAGCACAGGCUUUGUGCUUUGUGCUCAGAAGGUCCCAGAUUCAGUCUCCGGCAUGCGCCUAGCGAAAAAGAGAUCUCAGUUAUCAGGACUGUGUUACCAGAUCUGCGAGUGCGUCUGUAUGCAUGCAUGUGCAAACACGUAUCCUACAUGCGUAUUCACAGAAAAUCUAAUUUUGUGCAAUUAGCAAUGCUACCCUUGGGAACUGUACUGGAGACGAUUGUGUGUGUGUGUGUGUGUGUGUGUGCGUGCGUGCGUGCAUGUGCAUGUGCACGCACACACAAAAUUGCUUUGCUUUCUUUAGCACCAAUUUAGUGGUGACCAAUAAGGAUUCAGUAUUAGUCUACUUGCUCCUGAAAUAUUGUAAUAUAAGUAGUGCAAAUAUUGCAAUGCUGCAACUGUAAUAUUUAUUCAUAAAAGAAUAAAGUCUGGAAGAAAAUAACACACCAAUAUAAAAAUGAUUUUAGAAGCCACCGUCAUUUCAGAAGCUUGAAAUGCCGCUACAGAGACUUACAGGACAGAAAGGGUUAAUAAUGCUGGCAGUGGCUGAUGGGAGAUGUAGCCCAAAACAUCUGGAUGGCAUCACCUUGGGGAAGGCUGCUCUUGUAGGUAAUGCCUUCCUUUCUCCUUCAUGAGAUUGGUUCAUAAGCCCUUGUGCAUUUUGAAAUGAAUAUGAAAUGCUUAUGCUUAGGAUCAAAGCUCACCUAACAUGGGAAGGUGCUUGGAUUUGUUUUGCCAGGAGCAGCACUAGGGACUGAUGAGGAGAGGGAGAGAGGCUUUCACUCUCUCACUGAGUACUGCAGCACUCCUCCCAGGCCCCCACUUGCUGUGGCAUGCCACCCUAUCCUGGCUGCAACAUCCAUCAGUAUUUGCCCCCUGGAUCUCAGCCGUUCCAUUAUAAAGUUCCCAUGCCUCACUUCCACAGCUGCUGGGAAUGCAUGGACCAGGCCCGUAAGUGGCUCAUAGCACGAUGGAGAGGAUGAUCCAUGUGGAGUUGGUGGCAAGUACUUCUGGACAUUACAGAAGGACAAGCAGGGUGGCUUGUUUCUCCAUGACGUCAAUGUGCACUUCCCAAGGGGAACUGAUAACGUUCUUAAGAAUUCUUGCAACUUUUAAGACUCUUGCCCUGACAUAGCAUCUCACGUCCCAAGCAAAGUCAGAGUUCUUCUAGCUAAGUUAGCCUACUAAGCUUUUGUGUUUGUUUCCUAAUGUUUCUAGUUGUGUUCUUGUUCUGUUUCCCAGCCCCGCAA